AUGGAGUCAACUCCUUUAGCAACGUUCUUUUCGACAGGACUAGUUCGAAAUCAGGUGUUGCUAGCCACUGCGUUAGUCAAGGCCGCGUCGAAAACGGGAGAACAUUAUAUAAUUCGAGCGUUGUUAGAUCAGGGGUCACAGACGUCAUUCGUAACUGAAGCGACAGUCCAAUAUCUGGGACUAAAGAAAAUUCCUAUAAGGGAACAAGUUUCAGUUUUAGGGGGUAAUAGUAAUGUGUCACCAAAAGCAAUGGUCUUUAUUCAACUUAAGUCAAUGAUUGAUCCAAAUUAUAAUAUCACUGUAAAGGCUUAUGUUUUGAAAACAAUCACUAGUUUUCUUCCAGCCAAGAGAAUAACUGCAUUGGAAUGGCUUGAAGCUCUUGAAAUAGAAUUAGCAGAUCCGAAUUAUCGCACUCCAAACAAAAUAGACGUUUUGUUAGGUGCGGAGGAAAAUCAUACGGAGUUUAAUACUUUUCAUUGUCGAACUGACGACAACGACACGCUAAAACAAUUUUGGGAACUCGAAUCUGACCUGGAACUAACAAAGCAACAAAGAAUGACACAUGAAGAACAAGUUUGCGAAGAACUAUUUGCUCGUACUACUGAAAGAGAUGAAGACGGUAGAUAUAUAGUUCGCUUACCUUUCAGGACGGAAAACCCAGAUUGCAUGUUCAGUUCUUCUAAGGAAGUAGCUGAA